AUGUACAAUUGUCCUAAGUGGGAAUGGGAUUUUGAAUUUCCUAGACAAUUAUUACAACCAAUACAACCUAAGAAACAAACAAUCUACAGUAAAGUCAAUAACAAAGAUGCUACCAGAAUUCCACCAUUAGUGCUAGUCGCUAAUCUUAGCUUGAUGGUUAUCCUGGCUGUUAUUUUCAAAUUUUAUUACGAGCCUUUUGAUUGGCCUAUAUUUAGAGAUCUUACAAACACCACCAGUUUAAUUUCUGGACAACUCGUUGAACUUAAUAUCCCAGCGUCUUCCGUGAUCAUAAAUUAUCGAACCACAAGCCACUUUCUUGCUGAUGUUAUAGACCGAAAUGAAUUGUCUCCCAAUAAUUCUGAUGAAGUUGCUCAAUACCUUAAUCAACUUGGAGAUAAAAUGUGCCACUCAGGCGAAGCUAUCGAAACAAUGUAUUCUGUUGGUGAUAUGGUUCUUAAGGAAGUUAUCAUGGAACUAAAAUCUAUCAUCGAUAAUAUUGGACCAGGCCAAAUUCUCUCACAACAGAAUGCAACAUACUUUGCAGAUCGUUAUGGAAAGAUUUUAAAUGCUGUCACUGAUUUAUGGGAUAAGUUUCAAAUAAUUAUAGAUGAGCUGGAUGAUCUUUAUAUUUUAUAUAAUGGGACGCAUCAUCAACUUGCUAAUGGAAUAAAUGAUGUAGAACUUUUUUUUGAAAAGAUAACGCCAGAGCUGGGAGAGAAUCAUGAUAUGGAACAAUUGAAACGAGAACUCGGUUAUUUAAAACAGACAAUGGAGAAGGUUCCUGAUAUUCGGCGUCAAAUACAUCGUCUUUUAUCUGAAUUUGAUGGUCAUCGACAGUUAUUGAUUAAGCGUCGUGGUGAAUGGUAUAAAUUAUGGAGACGAAAAUUAGUUUCUUUUGAAGAUAUUGAAAGUUUAGAAGAAGUGAUUUCAAAGUUAGAUCGAAUAGCUGAAAGAUUUGUAAAAAAAGACGAAGAAAAUAUUGAAAAAAGGAUAUACAUAUAA